AUGGCAGAAUAUGACGAUAUUAUCAACUCCCUCGAGGAUGACAACUACUACUCCAUCGAUGGAGGCGAUCUCUCUCCCUCCUUGCAACCCUGGCCCAACUCCACCGACAUUGAGGAACUCGACCUUGAAAGCCUUAACUUAUCUUCCGAUUCUUCAUGGAUCGACCCUCUCGAGUCUGCCAUCACAGCAACCCGUAACGGCUCAGCUUCAGUCCUCAGCACUCUCUCCCAGUUCACCACCAUCCUUUCCCAAACGGGUAUUCACGGUCCCCGUCUCUUGAAGGCAUUUAACCUCUCUGUCCGAGCGACCAAGAUCGGUGCCGGUUCCCAGUUCACUGUUUUCAAAGACCCUCUUUUUGAAGGAGAGGUCAUCAAACGCGUUAACGUCCCGCUUUCCAGUCGAGCCGAACAACGAUUCGCAGCCAGCACAGACUAUCGCCUGCAGCUAAAAACCUUGGAACUUGAGCUUCUAUCCCUCUGCAAUCCCGUCCUGCGCGCACAUCCCAAUAUCACCAGUCUCUUAGCAUGGGGGUUUGACUUCCCGUUUGCAGAUCUCGCGGUGCCCGUACUCUUUAUGGAAGCAGCGCUCAUGCCUUUGGGUGAUUUUCUCGCUGCCGAGGAAAGAAAUGUCGAGAUAAAGUAUCAGCUUGCACUUGGCGUGGCAAAUGGACUGGAAGCGCUGCACAAUCUGAAGAUCGUGCAUGGAGAUGUCAAGCCGGAUAAUGUGCUUGUCUUUGCCGGUCCAAGUAGCAGCAUGCCUUUCCAGGCUAAACUGAGUGAUUUCGGCGUUUGUGUUGAUCUCGAGACCCCCGAAGGGAGAUUUACACUGGAUGAUUACCGUGGAACGCCAGCUUGGUUGGCCCCUGAGGUCCUGAAUGGGGAUGUUUCAAACUUUGGAGGGUUUUCCACGGAACUCAUGUUUAAAUUUGAUGCUUAUAGCUUUGGGGCUGUGCUAUUGUCGAUUUUUACAAGCAAUGGCGACGCUCCAGCACUGGGCGGUGACUUGGACAAGAUUCCUGAUCGCAUUUCUGCAUUACUCAACAAUCUGAAAGAUGUACCCUCCCUCAUUCACAUCCAGCUGCGCAAGGCAGUAUUGGCUCUAUUAAAGGAGGAUCCUCGGGACCGACCACUUCCGAGUUCGAAUCUUCUAAAGACAGAUAUGCCAGCAUACGCAUCCUGGCUUUCCUCAAUCCAAUCUAGUUCCAUGGCCACCCAUGUUGGAGUCAUUGAUCCAAUCUAUAACAAAGGGCCGCUCUUCUGGUACCGACUAGAUGAAAGCAUCCGCACGGAACUUGAAGAGCAGCAUGCGCUCAGCAAAGAAGACAAAGCCCCUCCGUUCGCGGGAGACGUCCUCUUUGGAAUCGCUCAGACAAUUACUGGGCAAAAGCCGGCCUAUCUUGAUCGCCUAAUCACAUAUCUAGGUGAUGCAGCAAAGGCGGGAUUCUCUCCUGCUAGGGCUGUAUAUGCUCAGGUCAUGGAAGCACACGGUCAAACAUCAGAAUUUCCCCAGGAAACAUUGAAUGAGUGGAUGCUGCAGGCAGUUUCUGAGGGUUUCUUCUUUGCAAAAUCUGGUCAGCUUGACAAGAGAGUGGAGGAGGCGAAAGACCUGUUCAGGACAAAAGGCGGAUUCUGCUCAGACAUAUUUUUGGAAAAGAAGGAUGUUCAGGCUGCAGUCUCUCAGAACAAGGUGUUGGAGUGGAGGGUGAAGUUUGGUGAUGUUAUUGACCGCAAAGACAACACAAUCUUGCAUGCUGCAGCUGCUUUUGGAUCUGUGGACGCAGUACAGAGCUUACUGGAAGCACAGAUUGAAGUUGACGUGGAGAAUAAGAAUGGAGAGACACCACUGUACAAAGCAUUCCAGGCAGGCCAUGCGAAGGUGAUUGAGAUUCUGCUUGACCAUGGUGCAAGUGCAUCUUGUCAGACUCGACAGAAGCUCACGCCUCUACAUUGGCUUUUGAUGAUUCCAGACUCUUCAGUUCACCGAAUUGCAAAGCGAAUGGUUGAGAAAGGAGCCGUUGUAAAUGCAGUCAUGGAGCCUUUGAUCAAGGAGAACAGCGGUGGAUUCCCGGAAAAGAUCCAAAUCCUUCAUUACCCGUUUGAGCUUCCCUUUGGAACACCGUUCCACUGGGCAUGCUUCUUCCGCAAUAUCACAGCCAUGGAUACCCUCAUAUCGCUCGGUGCCAAUAUCAACGCAGUAUAUCAUGGCUUGGAUACAUCAACCACUCCACUCGCAUUGACGGCAUACUUUGGAGAGCCCACCAUAGCCAAAUACCUCAUCUCUCACGGUGCAGACGGUACUCUGGUCGACUCGAUGAAACGAAACACAUUGCAUGGCAUCACCAAAUACUUUCCCGAUCGGCAUGGCUACCUACCUCAUCACUGGCAUUAUUGGAUUCGCCAUGGGGCUUGGGAGAAUCAUACGGCGCAAAUGACAGGUUUGGUCAAAGUCUUGGUUGAUGCUGGAGCAGAGAUCAACGCCAAAGACAAGGGCUAUCCAUAUCUGACCCCCAUCGCAGCAGCCGCCGAUCUAGGAGUCUGGGACGGAGGCAUGAUAUGUGCAUUGCUGGAUGCAGGAGCUGAUCUCACUGAAUCGUUGCUGUCAGCUGGAGAUACAGUUCUCCAUUCAUGGGUUUCCAUCAUCGGACCCCGACUGGACUAUCCCAAUUCAUACAUUCCGACGUUAAGAAAGAUAGUCGACGCCAUGCCAGAUAUCGAUAUUAUCAACAAGUUCGAAGAGGAAACGCCUCUCCAUCUAUUGACGACGAUUUAUCAUCCGGAAGAGGAAUUUGAAACCGCUUGCGAUAUUCUUUUCAGUCACUCCUCUCCGGCCAACAUAAAUGCAACGACACGCCGAGGCGAAACACCCCUAUCAAUAGCCCUAGAAACAAACCUCAAUCCCACCCGAAGAGGCCGCUUUGUCUUGGAAAACGGCGCCGACCCACUGAUCCUCAAAGACCAAGGGAGAGAUAUACUCUACUCAAUAGUCAACAACGUCGUUCUAACCGAUCAAGCCAGCCACGACCUGAUCAAGCACUUUCUCACAAGCCUCAAUCCAGACAUCGAACAAGCCUAUAAAACAAACUACCUCCUCAACUCGAAGAGCAACGAAACUCUCUUCGCAGCUGCAUCCCGCGGCAAACCACGAACAACCUCCCUCCUCCUAGCCCUCGGUCUGAUAUCCGCCAUUAAUAAACCAACAAACGCCAACACACCCUCCAAUUCCAAAUCCAACCCCCAAUUUUGGACACCCCUAGAUCAAGCCCUUCACCGCGCCGAACUAAGUCGUCGCUCACACAUCCGCAAGCUAUCUUCCUACAAAGCCGGCAACGCACGCACACAAGCCCUGGAGUCAAACCUCGUCUAUGACGAGCUUCAAGGUCCGCCGUCACGCGCAGCGGAGGCGUAUAGGCUUUUUCCAGGGGUAAUUCAGAUCUUGCGGGAGGCUGGCGCUAAACGGAUGUGUGAAUUGCAGGGGAGUUCGAAGGGGGAUUAUAUUGAGCAGCCGGGGGAGUGGGAUAAGAGUGAGAUUUUGGGCUUUGGGUUUACGGCUGAUGAUCAGCCGAAUCGGGAAUCCUGGGAGGCUUUGUAUGAGUCUGCUAGGUAUGGAGAUGGGAAGAAGAGCUGGCUGGGGUUGAUUACUGGUGGGAGAAUUGGUUGA